AUGGUCAGUAAUGACCAGGAGUUCCUUACAGAAUUGGAAUUUAUGAUCACUAUGUUUAAAAGAAGGGGAUAUCCAGAGACCCUAAGUAUGGAUGUUAGGGAAGAAAUUAUUCGGAAAAGGAAUAAUGGUAUGUAUAAGGUGAUCCUGAUAGAGACUGCUGGGCAAGUUUCUAAUUUAUUGGCAGUUAAUAUUGAUAAAGUAGAAUUAAAAAAUAAAGGUGAAGGUUUAUUAUUCAUCACUAUUUAUAACCAGGAUUCAGAAUGGUUCAAGUGGAUGGUAAAGAAAAACUGGGCCAUCUUACAGUUAGACAAGAAUGUAGAAAGUAAGAUGGGUGGUGUCCCCAGGUUUGAGUUUCAGAAGGACAAAUCCUUCAAAGAGAUCUUGGAGAAGGGGUCCCAUCAACAGCCAUCUAAUGCUGGGAGAAUGAUGGGUAACUUUAAAUGUGGCAGAUGCAGCACAUGCAAACACAUUAUGGAGAUGGGUACAAGUGAAAUGACACACACCAGUUUUUGGAAUCACCUUUAUUCAUUUCAAAAGCUAAAAAGAACCCAGGUUCAAGAGUCAUCUAGGAGAAUCAAAUACAAUGUUCAUCUAUUGAAAGAUUCUCAGACAAAAGAACAGUUCAACAUUGCACUGAAGAACAAAUUUGAAGUGCUACAAGAACUGGUUGAGGAGGGUGGAGUAAACAGCUCAUGGCAGAAUGUGAAAAAGGCUGUAGACUUAGCUUGUCAAGAGACAUUGGGACCUAAAAAGUAUCAUCAGAAAGAGUGGAUCACUGCAGAAACACUGGUAAAGAUAGAAGACAGAAAGAGGAAGAAGGCAAAAACCGUCACCUCUAAACCCUCAAUUAUUGAGCCAGCCAAUGAAGAUCUACCAAUCAAUUGUGAAAAGCCAAGCAAGGAGGAGAUCAGGAAAGCCAUCAUCCAAAUGAAAAAUGGGAAAGCGGCAGGACCAGAUAACAUCCCGGCAGAGGCCCUUAAAGCAGACCUGAAUACAUCAGUGGAGAUGUUGUACCCACUCUUUGAAAGAAUCUGGGCAGAGGAAACUGUUCCUUCAGAAUGGAAAGAGAGCCAUCUCAUUAAGCUUCCCAAGAAAGGGGACCUUAGCAAAUGCGACAACUACAGAGGCAUCAAUCUUCUAUCAGUUCCAGGAAAAGUUUUCAACCGUAUCCUGUUGGAAAGGAUAAAGGACACCACUGACAAAAAGCUGAGAGAAGAGCAGGCAGGCUUCCGCAAAAAUAGAUCGUGUAUUGAUCAAAUUGCAACGCUCAGAAUAAUUGUGGAACAGUCAGUUGAAUGGAAUUCACCAUUGUAUAUCAACUUUGUUGACUUUGAAAAGGCGUUUGAUAGCGUGGACAGAGAGACACUGUGGAGCCUUCUGAAGCACUAUGGUAUACCAACGAAAAUAGUAAAUUUGAUAAAGAACUCAUACAAUGGUCUAUCAUGCAGGGUUAUACAUGGAGGGCAGCUCUCUGAAAGCUUUCAAGUAAAAACUGGGGUCAGGCAAGGAUGCUUACUGUCACCAUUCCUCUUCCUGUUAGUUAUCGAUUGGAUUAUGAAGAAAUCUACUGCAGGACAAAAAAAUGGGAUCCAAUGGACCCUAUGGAAUCAGCUGGAAGAUCUGGACUAUGCUGAUGACCUCGCCCUCAUCUCUCACAGCCAGCAGCAAAUGCAAAACAAGACAAAUUUGGUGGCAGUUACAGCACUAGAGGUGGGUCUUAACAUUAACAAUCUGAAGACAAAGAUCCUUAAAUUAAACUCCACAAAUACUAACCCUAUCACUCUGCAAGGGAAGCCACUGGAGGAAGUGCAGUCCUUUACCUACCUUGGCAGC